AUGUACUGGCCAACUGGAGUCCCGAGGGUCUAUGCGAUCAAUGGCCCUGGAACUCCAGUCCCAUUACCGGACGACGCAGACGAUGUUAUCCAUGAGGACUCCUCAGAUCAAGAGCAGGCUCGGCCCCUGAAUCAAAGCAAUGGCUCAGAAUCGCAUUCCCGGCUAGGACCGUCGCUGCAGUGGGCAGAUGAAGCAAUAAGGGGUCUUUCCGUUUCGCGCAAUGGCCAUAUGUUUGCGACGAUGACCGACUCCUCAAUAACUGUCUGGCAAACCAGGCCCACCGCUGUCGUUGCAGCGUUUUCUCGAUCGUCGACAUCACUAGAGACGUACGGCUCUAACAUAGCUCUGCUGAUGCGUCCUGAUGCCACAAUCCUGGUUGUUCAGACUCAGAAAGGGUAUUUGCUUACCUAUACCAUUGCCACGGACGCCAACACUCGCGUUUAUCAGCAGCAAUACGACCAGAGCAGCACCUAUAGGCGGCAACAACUGGCUCGUCUCUCGGCCGAUGAGGAAGCUAGCAGCAUCCACGAUGUUAGCAUUCGUUUUCGGAUGGCAAUCAAGAUAGAAUCCGGAAUUGUGAAGGCUUUAGCAUUAGACAGCGAGCUUGUGGUUGCAACUGCAAAGCCCGCAGCUAUCCAAUGCAUACGGUGGACGCCUGACGAGCACGGUACACAAACCUCCUCUGAGCUCCUAACCCGAGCUCUAGGUGUGUCAAAACAGACUUCGAUCGUGGACAUGGUGUAUGACCGGGCGAUCAAUCUCAUGGUCUGGGUGACCAAUGAGGGUCAUGCUUACGCCGUUCAGCGUGUCUCCGAGACAACGCACCAGUCCGAAUCUCGCAAAGCUCUCUUCCACGGCCACUGCUUUCACGCACCGACGAACGAUGGCGAGAACGCUGUCAAUGUUACAGUAAAUGCUCGGUUCUCACUCCUCACCGUCAGUUGCGCCAACGGCAAUGUUCUUGUCUACACGGCCAAAGACUAUCUAGGAAAUGUUCCUCUGUCACACAAGCUUCAACCGCCCGCUUCGCUCGGCACCACCGGCGACUUAACGUUCAUGUGCUACUCGCCAGACGGGUACUGUCUUUUCGCAGGUUACGAACACGGUUGGACGACUUGGAGUGUCUUCGGCAAACCAGGCGGGAACAGCUUCUCAAUAGAUCGGUCUCUUGCCGAAUCGAAUGGAGAAGAUUGGCUGACUGGCACAUCACAUGGUUGUUGGAUAGGUGGAGGCUCAGAUAUCAUUCUAACCAGCAGAGAUGACCGGCGCCUGUGGAUUCUCGAAACAGCCCGCAGCGCUCUUACUGGAUGCUAUUCCUCCGCCAACCUCGCUAGAGGUCUUCUGCAAACAGGAACAGAAGUAAUCAUAUACCGCGGACACGACUUGCCUGAUCUCAUAACAAUCUCUGGCAAAGACUCACUGUGGCACCAUGCACAGUACCCACCCGCUUACCUUCAUUCCCAGUGGCCCAUCCGCUCCAGUUCAGUAUCCCAAGAUGGUAGAUAUGUUGCCAUAGCUGGAAAACGGGGUCUUGCACACUACAGUGUGAACAGCGGCCGCUGGAAAGUCUUUGAAGACUCAACUGUCGAGAAUUCUUUUGCUGUUCGAGGCGGGAUGUGCUGGUACGGUCAUAUCUUGAUUGCGGCCAUAGAUCGUGACGGGUCAUACGAGUUAUGUAUGUUCUCUCGCGAACUUCCGCUGAAUAACCAUUCUGUUCUCCAUGUAGAAUAUCUUCCAUCACCGGUGGUUUUCAUUGGGCCGUCUGGCGAGGAUUCACUCCUUGUUUACACCUACGAGAAUAUUCUUUACCACUAUAUCAUCACUUCGACACAAUCUCGCAUUGGUCUAGUCGCUGUUGGUCAGAUUGCGUUCAAUGGCAUUGUGAGGGCACCGACCCGUGUCCGGUCCAUCAGCUGGGUUCUACCUGAAGAACAGUUGCGGAACGGGGAUCCGUCUCAAGAUGUGAAAGUGGCGUCCGUGCUUUUACUCGUCGACGGGAAUUUGGUGCUCCUUCAGCCGUCCAUGUCAGAUAGCGGGGAUCUUAAAUAUGACAUGCGCGUCAUAUCGCACGACGUCGAGUACUAUAUUUUGAUGCGUGAUCAACUUUCCUUUAACUUUGCACCACCAUAUGAGGAAUCACUACCACCUAGCCCAGCCGCGGAGUUGGCUCUCAACCAAUACCACAGCAACCUCUCCUUACGUGAUUCUCUGUGGACAUUUUCUGGGAAAGAUCUUACGGCGUGGGGUGACGUCCAGGAGGUUUUGCAACGGGAGGACGUGCCGAAGUCGAUUGAAGUGCCUCUCGAUUUCUACCCCUUGUCAGUACUCUUGAACAAAGGGAUUGUAUUAGGAGUGGAGCCCGAAACAAUUCAACGGCGCGAUGUCACGUUCGUAGUGUUGAAAUUUGCUAUUCGAACACAUCUCUUCCUGCCAUACUUCUUGCAGCACAGUCUUGUUCAGGGUGAUAUCCCUGCAGCGCACUCACUAUGCCAGCAUUUCUCCCAUCUUUCAUACUUCCCGCACGCAUUGGAAAUCCUUCUACACCAUGUUUUGGACGAAGAAGUGGACAAUGUGGCGCGUGAUAGCAAAUUUGAUGAUCAAAUUCCUAAACAUGACCCUCUUCUACCCUCGGUCAUCUCAUUUCUUCAGGCCUCACUUCCACCCAGCAUAUACUUAGAUGUUGUCGUUCAAUGUACGCGCAAAACCGAGCUCCGAUCAUGGCGUACCUUAUUCGCCUACCUCCCCGCCCCGAAAGACCUUUUCGAACAAGCUCUUAAGCUCAACUCCCUCAAAACAGCUGUGGGGUAUCUGCUCGUCUUACAAGCGUUUGAAGACGAGUCUGAGGGCCACGAUGCCCCGGUUGAAGAUUAUGUUGUUAGACUGAUGAUAUUGGCGUCACAGAGAAGCGACUGGGAGUUAUGUGCACAGCUCGCUCGGUUCCUGGUUGCUCUCGAUGGCUCUGGCGAUAUGCUCCGCCGUGCUGUGUCGCGUGCAGGACUGCGAUAUGGUAACCAACCGGAAGGAGUCAGCGGGGUCGGAGCUAAUCUGAAAGGACUUGGCCUGGAGGCUCGCUCUCCAUCCUGGUCUUCGCAAUCCGCUACACCCUCCACCUCCGAUAAAUCCGGGGGCGGAAGCACGAACACUUAG